UUCUUCUUCUCUGUUUCUGUUUCUUUCUACUACUUCAUUUACACUAUCUAUCCCCCACUUCACUCACUCUACUCAUCUUCUUUUAUUUCUUCCUUUAUCUCUCCUUUUUUUCUCCCCAUCGUCUCUUUUUCAUCCUCUCAAAAAGCAUAAACAAAAGUAAAAAUCUACCUCUUUUUCUUCAUUUUUUGUCCAAAAUCAAAUUACCCAUUUGAGAUUCUCCCACAAAAGCCUAAAAGGUUCAAAAUUUACUCUUCCAACAUCUUUUUUCUUUCAGCAUUAUGCUUUCUUCUUCACUUUUUUCUCUAGGGUUUUUCUGUUAAUGCAAAAAUCUUGAGAUUUUAAAGUUUUGUUUUUUAUUUACCAAAAGAUGGAAUUGAUAAUGGGUAGGAAAAAUUUUGUGGUUUUCCUCUGUUUUUUGCUCCUUUUUUCUGGGUUUUCUUCGGUUUCAGCUUCUACUCCACCUGCUAAAAUUGUUAGUGGGUUUAUCUCAAGCUCUUUAGCUAAGUUGAUGAAAUGGGUUUGGUCACUUAAAGCUACUACUAAAACAGCAAUUUAUGGGCGUUCAAUGGUGAAAUUUGAAAGUGGGUACAGUGUUGAGACUGUGUUUGAUGGAAGUAAGCUUGGAAUUGAGCCUUAUUCUGUUGAAGUUUUGCCUAGUGGAGAGCUGCUUAUUGUGGAUUCUGCUAAUAGCAAUCUUUACAGAAUCUCUUCUUCCCUUAAUCUCUACAGUAGACCGAAGCUGGUUGCGGGAUCAGCUGAAGGAUACUCUGGACAUGUAGAUGGGAAACACAGGGAAGCUAGGAUGAACAAUCCCAAAGGUGCAACUGUUGAUGAUAGGGGGAACAUUUAUGUUGCAGAUACUAUGAAUAUGGCUAUCAGGAAAAUUAGUGAAUCGGGAGUUACUACAAUUGCGGGUGGAAAAUGGAAUCAUAAGGGUGGUCAUGUGGAUGGACCGAGCGAUGAAGCAAAGUUCUCUAAUGACUUUGAUGUAGUCUAUGUCGGAAGCAGUUGUUCCUUGUUGGUCGUUGAUAGGGGGAAUCGAGCGAUCAGGGAAAUUCAGCUCCAUUUCGAUGAUUGUGCUUAUCAAUAUGAAAGCAGCUUACCUCUUGGAAUUGCUGUGCUUCUUGCUGCUGGAUUUUUCGGCUACAUGUUGGCCCUAUUGCAGCGGCGAGUUGGUUCAAUUGUGUCUUCGCAGAACGAAUUGAAAAUGGAAGACGACGUGCAUUCCAGUCCAUAUCAGAAGCCUCUUAAAUCAGUGAGGCCGCCGUUGAUCCCUACUGAAGAGGACGCAGAGAAGCAAGAAGAAGGGUUUAUCGGAUCGUUGGGAAAGUUGCUUGCUAAUGCUGGCACAUCAGCUCUCGAAAUAAUGGGUGGAAUAUUUCCCGGUUUGAAGAGAAAGCCCGUUGCCUAUCAAUACAGGAAUCAGGGACAGUAUCAACAACUUAACACUUGGCAGUCGCCGGAGAGUUUUGAGAUACCGAAAGAAGAGGAGCCUCCGGCCAUUGAAACCAGGGCACCUACCCCAAAGAAAACGUAUGCCUUCAUGUCUAAAGAUGCAGAAAAAAUGCAGCAACAGCUGAGACAAAGCCGAAUUUUCUACAGUGGUUGGGACACGGAAUUUCAGCAGCAGCAGCAACAGGCACAACCACAACCACGACAGCAGCAGCAGAAACACGAAAGACAUCAGCACCGUCAUCAGCAUCACUCAUCGAUGCCCCAGACUUUCUUUGAGCAAAGCAGCGAGAAAACCGAUGAGAUUGUGUUCGGGGCAGUACAAGAGGAAGGACAGCGUGAUUCAGUUACCCGACCUACUGACUAUGCUAUGAUUGACUUCAAUCAGCAAAAUCUUCGUUUCAGAUCAGGGUAUUUCCACAACUAUGCACCCUAUACAUAAACCAGAUCUUCCCUUAAUUGGCAUAUAUUAUGUCGUCGAUAUAAUGAUCCCUUUUUGAAGUAGGGAGUAUUGGGGUAUAUUGGAAUUGGUGGUUGUUACAAAUGUUGAUCCCAUCAAAGCCUUUUGUUUAAGGAAUGGCAUUCCUUAUGAGUAUUGGUAUAUUGAAGUUAGUAAUAUAUUGUUCAUUUUCUCAU